AUGGCCGAGAGCGAGGCAGACACGCCGAGCACGCCGAUUGAGUUUGAGAGCAAAUACUUCGAGUUUGAUGGAGUGCGGCUGCCGCCCUUCUGCAGAGGGAAGAUGGAGGAGAUCGCCAACUUCUCCCUCAGAAGUAGCGACAUAUGGAUUGUCACCUACCCGAAGUCAGGCACGAGUCUACUUCAGGAGGUUGUGUAUCUCGUGAGUCAGGGAGCAGACCCAGAUGAGAUCGGCCUUAUGAACAUUGAUGAACAGCUGCCUGUCUUGGAGUACCCCCAACCUGGCCUGGACAUCAUACAGGAGCUGACGUCCCCCCGUCUGAUUAAAAGCCAUCUUCCCUACCGAUUCCUCCCCACAGCCAUGCAUAACGGAGAGGCCAAGGUGAUCUACAUGGCUCGUAACCCUAAGGACCUGGUGGUGUCCUACUACCAGUUCCACCGCUCUCUCAGGACCAUGAGCUACCGGGGAACCUUCCAAGAGUUCUGCCGGCGCUUCAUGAAUGACAAGCUGGGAUAUGGUUCCUGGUUUGAACAUGUUCAGGAAUUUUGGGAACAUCGUAUGGAUUCUAACGUCCUGUUUUUGAAGUAUGAGGACAUGUACAAGGAUCUGGGGACGCUGGUGGAGAAGUUAGCCCGGUUCCUGGGGGUUUCUUGUGACAAGGUUCAGUUGGAGGGCAUGGUAGAGAGCUGCAACCAGCUCAUCGAGCAGUGCUGCAACUCAGAGGCGCUGUCCAUCUGCAGGGGUCGUGUGGGUCUGUGGAAGGACAUCUUCACAGUGUCUAUGAAUGACAAGUUUGAUGCGGUGUAUAGACAGAAGAUGGGCAAGUCCGACCUGACCUUUGACUUCGGCCUGUGA